GGAGUUUAAAAAGAAUUACCUCUUCGGAACCUCUGUAUUUUGUCUCCAGGAUCCUCCAAGCCUCCGUAGCUGUUUUUGCAGGCAUGAUCGUUCUAUGGAGAUAAAUCCACAAGAUGUCAAAGCAUUUUUGAGUGAGCGUCCAAUUGGUAGGGACGAUGCAUUUGGUAAAACCUUCCUUGGUCAUAUCCCAGCGAACAAUUCUUAUGGGCUAGCGGAGAUGGAUGUGGCUAUCAGAGUGUCUCAUCCUAGACAAGGAGAUUUGAAAGAGAAUCUUCAAAUGCAGUAUAAAAACGAGUUGCAGUUGUGCUCUCUUCGGCAACGAAAUAUUAUUAGUUUUAUAGGAUUUUCUGAGACAUCAGAGAAUUUUUACCUUGUAUAUGAAAUGGUGCAAGCCAGGCCAUUAGCAGAACAUAUCGAAGGCUUGACAUGGGAGCAAGCAUUGAAGGUCCUGAAAGGAAUUGCAUCGGGGUUAGCUUUUCUUCAUAGUCAUCCGGAAGGACCAUUUGUGCAUUCCAACAUCUGCAUUGGAAACAUUCUUGUUACAAAGGAUUUCAUGCCUAAACUUGUCGAUUUUAGGUACUGUGUUGUAGAAGGGAAGCAAACCAGCUAUGAUAAUCCCAGAUACUAUCCUUCAAAAAAAGAAGGCGUUGCUAAUGUGAAGGAAGACAUAUUUGCAUUCGGACUUGUUGCUCUACAGCUGAUUACAAAGGAUAGCAGGACAGUUUACGCGGUAGAAGAAGGUCACGAUAUUUCUCUUCACCAUAUUCUUGAUUUAUAUGUCCCAUUGUUCAAAGAAAAAGGUAAUCUCCUGCAUACAUCAUAUGGACAGAAAAAAGAAUCAAGAAAGAUAACCGAAAUGAUAUUUAAUUGUUUGAAGAAGGAUUCCGAGCUUGAUUUAAAAACAUUCCACAGAGAUUUAGUUUUAUUAAGCUUAGCUAAACAAUGUUAGUCGUCUUGAGCCAUUAUAGAUGAAGUAUUAUACGACACAGUAAACGUGUGCACAUUGAUUUAGCGGGAUCAUAGCUUUUUCUGUUAAAUGAUUCUUGUUUAUAAUACUUAAAAUAAUUACAUUCAUGUGUAUUGCGCGGUUGCCAAAAAAAAUCGAUUAUAGCAAAUUAUAAACAUUGGGAGUGUUUGGCAAAGCUUUUUAAGGUACAAUAGAUGGUAUGAGUGAGUGGCCAAACCAUCUAACGUUAGUGAUUGGUAAAUUAGCUGGUUGUAACAAUUUGUUAUUAUGAAUAAGCUAAUUUACAACAAGCUGAUCCCACUAGCGUGGUUAAAAUUAGUUGGGCAUAUCAACCACUUCAAUCAGUUAUCAGUUAUCAACUGUUUGUCAUUUAUGAUUUAUCCCUAUUGUGAAAAAUGAAAAAGCUAGUGCGUAUAAUACUUUAAUUAUCUAUUCUUAAGAGAAAGUUCAUAAAUAGAAAAUAAAAUUUUUAUUAUUAUUUAUAAAAUGUAAAUAUAUUUAUACACAUUAUUAAUAAGUCUAGCAAUAUUGAUGGUACAAAAGCAUUACACAAUGCAUUUGUUGGCAUGAAAAGGCCUAGAUGAUUUAGUAAGAUUUGAUGAAAGGUAA